AUGUCAUCAGUUUCAAAGCAAAAACGCAUGGCAAAAAAAGCUGCCAAGAGCGGCUCUGCUACCGCCACAAAGGCAACUGCUGAAAGUACCGUCAAUGGUGCUGGAUCAGCAGAUAAAAAAAAUAAAAACUCUACUGCAGCAACUGAUCUAUCUCUUGAUUCGUUAAAGAUCUCUGGCGAGAGGACCGCAAACGGUGUUUUAACAUCACAGCCAAUGGCAAAAGACAUCAAGAUCGAACAAUAUAGUUUGUCUUUCUUUGGUCGUGUGCUAAUUGAAAACGCCACAAUCGAACUCAAUUUUGGAAGACGAUAUGGUCUUGUGGGCCAAAAUGGUAGCGGAAAGAGCACUUUUUUAGAAUCUUUGGCUGCAAGAGAGGUUCCAAUUCCGGAGCAUAUUGAUAUUUAUUUAUUAAAUCAAGAAGCGGACCCGUGUGAUCUCAACGCCAUCGAUUAUGUCAUUCAAGCUGCAAAGGAAGAAAUCAUUCGUCUAGAAAAAGAAGUUGAAGACUUGUUGACAGAAAACGAUGAAGAUCCUAGACUAGAAGAUCUCUAUGACAGAAUUGCAGCUCUUGACGAGUCGACGUUUCAAGCUCGUGCCAGCACUUUACUUCAUGGUCUAGGUUUUUCACAAGCCAUGAUGGCCAAGAAAACUAAAGAUAUGUCUGGUGGAUGGAGAAUGAGAGUUGCUUUGGCAAAAGCCUUAUUUAUUAGGCCCACAUUGUUGUUAUUAGAUGAACCUACCAAUCAUUUGGAUUUGGAAGCUUGUGUGUGGCUUGAAGAAUAUUUGAAAACAUACAAUCGUAUCUUGUUAUUAGUCAGUCAUUCCCAAGAUUUUCUUGACGGUGUAUGCGAUCAAACAAUACAUUUGACCGAAAAAAAGAAAUUAAAUUACUAUGGUGGUGGUUACUCUACUUUCGUGAAAACUAAGGCUGAAUUAGAAGUAAAUCAGAUGAAAGCAUAUCACAAACAGCAAGAUGAAAUUGCUCAUAUCAAGAAAUUCAUUGCUUCUGCUGGUACUUACGCAAAUUUGGUUAGGCAAGCCAAGAGUAAACAAAAGAUUAUAGACAAGAUGGAGGCUGCUGGAUUAAUUGAAAAGGUAGAGACUCCAUCAACAUUCAAGUUCAAAUUCGCAGAUGUUGAAAAACUUCCACCGCCUGUAUUACAGUUUGACCAAGUUUCUUUCUCCUAUAAUGGAAGUACCAACCCAAAAGAUCUCUUAUACAGGGAUCUUGACCUUGCUGUCGAUAUGGAUUCCCGAAUCGCCCUUGUAGGCCCAAAUGGUGAACUUCAGCCCGUCACAGGAAGAAUUUCUCGACAUACAAACUUGAAAUUGGCUAAAUAUAGUCAGCAUAGUGCUGAUCAGCUUGAAAUGGAUUUGAGCCCUAUUCAAUAUAUGAGAAAGAAAUUUUCUCAUAUGAAUGGAGAUGUUGAUUUUUGGCGCAACCAAAUUGGCCGAUACGGUCUUACAGGGGCUCAUCAGACAUCACUGAUCAAAACCCUGAGUGACGGUUUAAAGACUCGAUUAGUUUUUGCAGAAUUGGUAUUGUCCACUCCCGAUAUUGUACUUAUGGAUGAACCUACUAACCAUUUGGAUAUGGAAAGUAUUGAUUCGUUAGCACAGGCUAUUCAAUCAUUUUCCGGAGGAGUAGUAUUAGUAUCUCAUGAUUUUCGUCUUAUAUCCCAAGUUGCGCAAGAUAUACGGUUAUGUAAAGAUAAAACUGUAGUACCAUUUAAAGGGUCUAUUGAAGAUUAUAAAAAGCAACUCCAACGAUCAAUAAAAGUUUGA